CCUGCUGCAUGUUUGAAUUUUUACUGCCUGAAAUUGAAAGUCUCUUAGAAUGUACCUCAAAAGUACGGGCCCACCAUUGAUGGGGUAGGAGUUGGGCAAAGUACAUAAUUUGUAUUCGUCAUUAGGCCAACUCCCAAUUCUUUCCGCCUAUUGUACAUGCUUUACUCCGUGCCUCGGUGUUUUUGAGAUUGCUGAGAGCCUCAAGGUCGCGGAAACUUUCAUCCUCUCUUGGCGCAUUCGGUUUAGGAUCACGAAAGCCAACCUCCUUUUCAAUAAAUUGUUCCAUACCAGAUCUUUCGCUUGUUUUUUUUUUUUAGUUGGGACUUUGAUUGCAAAAGGAUUGAGGAGGAUAACAAAGACUGUCGACCACGAUGCCAUAUUAUGAGUCUGAAACCCCAAGGAGGGAUUUGCCUCUCAAAGAGACUACUACUCUUUGGAACGGGGAUGAGAUAUCACCAAGCAACAAUGCCGUUCUGAAAGCAAUGGAAUGGAAACUCUCUCCACAGUCAAAGGGAUCCAAGUCUGAGCCAUUCUGCGUAAUGGAUCUUGGCUAUGUUCACAACCAAUAUGAGCAUUGGGAAAAGUCUCUUCCCUCUGUGACGCCAUUUUAUGCCGUCAAAUGCAACCCCGAUGUGCAUAUAAUUGGGCUUUUGGGAUCGCUGGGAUGCGGGUUCGAUUGUGCAUCUCGAAGUGAAAUAGAGCUCGUUUUGGGUCAGGGUAUCCCGGCUGGGAGGAUAAUUUUCGCCAAUCCGUGCAAAAAACCAUCAGACAUCAAUUUUGCAAGAAAGAUUGGCGUGAAUCGAAUGACAUUCGAUAAUGAGGCUGAGCUUCACAAGAUCAAGCAGUUGUUUCCAGAAAGCCAGCUGGUUUUGCGGUGUUUCGCUUCCGACCCAUCGGCCACAUACUGCCUCUCUUCUAAAUUUGGAGCUCAUCCAGAGGCAUCCAUGAGCCUCUUGGAGUGUGCAAAGUCCUUGGGAUUGAAUGUCAUUGGCGUGAGCUUUCAUGUUGGCUCUAGCUCAAAGGACCCAAAGGCUUUCGAAAUUGCCAUACAAAAUAGUCGUCGGAUCUUCGACGCAGGUUCACGGAUGGGUCACAAUAUGCGCCUGUUGGAUAUUGGUGGGGGCUUCUCCGAGAGCACAUUUGACGAUAUGGCCGAAUCAAUCCAACGAUCUCUGGACUUUCACUUCGGUGAUAUUGAUGCAGAACUCGUCGCCGAGCCGGGGCGGUACUUUGCAGCAGGCGCCCUGACAGUUGCCUGUGAGAUCAUCGCCCGUCGGGAUGCCAAAGAAACCCCUCCAUCUGCGGAGGAAGCGACCAACAUGCUUUAUUUGAAUGAUGGCAUAUAUGGAACGUUUCUUUGUAAUCUGUUUGAGCCAGGCCCUCUUCCUCGUGUCCUUUGCGCCUCGGGAAUAUUCUAUCCACAAACCGCCGUGAGCGACCGCGCCACGUAUAUAAUCUGGGGACCGACUUGCGAUGGCACCGACUGCAUUGCAAAGGGCGUGGAACUUCCAGAACGUUUGACUUUCGGCGAUUGGCUUUACUUUCCAGAUAUGGGUGCCUAUUCAACAUGCCUCACAACUGGUUUCAACGGGUUUGAGAGUCACAGAGAAACCAUAUAUGUGUCUAGCAAUUCUUUAACCAUUGAAUUUUUGACAAAGGUCAACAAGACAAUGUGCAAGGAGCAAACUCACUGAUUCCAAACUUCGGCGUUCCAGAGAGAAACAGUGUUCGGAGGAUUUUCAACUUAAUCCAAUAGCUACCCAGAGUGGAAGGUUCGUCAAAGCAGAAGCCAGUGGAGCUGUUGGGUUUCCGCUGCACAUCUAAAUUGUUCUAUGACAUUAGAAGAUGGUCAUAAAUGUACAUUCUCUCUGUCAAUUUGUGAUGUACUUGGACAGAUUGCGCAUUGGUCAGAUCCAUGUCGUUGAUCGUGGGUACUCAUGAGAAUUUUAUUCGAAACGUAUCUAAAUCAAAAGUGGGAAUAUUGCAAUGGCAUUGAUAAGUAAAUUCAACCUUUACUGCUG